UUAGUUUUUUAAUAAAUUUCCGUAACAAAAUGAUAAAACUCUUGGCAGUUCUGGCGGUGCUUUUGGUGCCUGGUUUGAUGGCUGAUAUUCAGUCUAUGGUACCCUUUCCAGAUGGCCGUAUUGUCGGUGGUGCACCCACUAAUAUACGCAAGUAUCCCCAUCAAAUUUCUAUGCGCUACAACGGCAGACAUCGUUGCGGUGGCAGUGUUUACAGCACCAAUGUUAUAGUUAGUGCCGCACAUUGUGUAGCCGGUGGCGUGGAUGCCAGCAAAUUGAGUAUUGUGGCUGGUUCUACAAAUUUGAGUGAAGUUACUUGGGAAUUGCCAGUUAGCAAGUACAUUAUCCAUGAAAAUUACAAAACAUCCAACAACGAUAACGACGUUACUAUUUUGUUAUUGAAGGGACAUUUCCCCAUCAAUGAGUUCAUUCAACCCAUUGCUUUGGCCAAGUCGCGUCCUGAAGCUGGUGCUGAAGUGACAGUUACCGGUUGGGGUACAUUGGUCGAGGGUGGCAGUAUUCCUGAACAAUUGCAAGAAGUCCAUAUUAAUUAUGUGGAGAACAGUGUUUGCAAAAAAUCGUAUCCAUUGCAGUUAACUGAUCGUAUGUUGUGCGCUAAAGUUAGCGGAGGUGGAAAGGAUGCCUGCCAGGGAGAUUCUGGUGGUCCUUUGAUCUAUAACAAUGAAUUAUUAGGUGUGGUUUCUUGGGGCAUUGGUUGUGCUCGUAAAAACUUCCCUGGUGUUUAUGCUUCGGUGCCACAACUUUAUGAGUGGAUAGAAAAAACUGCUAAAGCGAAUACUGUUGAAUAUGCCUUUUUAUAAAGUGAAGUAGAAGAUAACUAAUCUUGUAAUAAAAUGUAUACAUAUUAAAAUUUUAAUACAAAAAAUCUAUAAAUAUGUGUUGCAUAAAUAUUAAAA